GCCGCCCGCCCGCGUGGGGGGCCGCCGCCGCCGCCGCUCUGGUCGGGGGAGGCUGCCUGGCGGCGUGUUACAGCGGGCGGCCGGGCGUGUUUCCCACGGUCCUGGCUCAGAAGGAAGAUGUCAUUCAUGCAGAUGUGGAUGAAAGGCUGUCUCUUCGAAAGCACCGCUUCAUGCAUUUUGCAUCAUUGGAAUAUGAAGGAGAAUAUUACAUGACACCAAGAGAUUUCUUGUUCUCAGUAAUGUUUGAUCAAGUUGAACGCAAAGCCUCAGCCAAGAAACUGACAAAAAAGGAGGUAGAUGCUGCACUGCUGUAUGUUGCCAAAGCUAAACCAGGACCGACGUUUUUUAGAGAGCUUGGUGAUAAAGGGUUGAUAUCUUAUGCAGAGUAUCUGUUCUUGCUGACAAUCCUUACGAAACCCCAGACUGGACUUCAGAUUGCCUUUAAAAUGUUGGAUGCAGAUGGCAAUGAACAAGUUGAAAAGAAAGAAUUCUUCAAGCUACAGAGAAUCAUUGGGAAGGAAGAUGACUUGAAAGCAGCUGGAGACGAAACAGUACUUCGGGAAACAGAACUGGACGGCUGCGGUGUUAAUACCGUGUUGCUGGUACAUUUCUUUGGAAAACAAGGAAAGGAAAAACUUCGCUUUUCCGAGUUUUUCAGAUUCAUGGAAAAUCUGCAAACGGAAGUCCAAGAAAUGGAAUUCAUAAAGUUUUCAAAGGGUUUGAGCGUCAUGAGAAAAGAAGACUUUGCGGCAUGGUUGCUCUACUUCACCGAUGAGGAAAACAAUGAAAUUUACUGGCAGAAUGUGAAAGACAGAAUCGAAGCAGGGGAGAACAUCAGUUUGGAAGAAUUCAAGACUUUCUGCAAGUUUACAAAUAAUCUGGAAGACUUUUCUAUUGCCAUGCAGAUGUUUACUGUAGCCAAUCGUCCUGUUAAGCGGGCUGAGUUCAAGAGAGCAGUGAAGGUGGCAACAGGACAGGACCUUUCAGAUAAUGUUUUGGAUACCAUCUUCAAGAUUUUUGAUCUAGAUGGAGAUGACUGCCUCAGCCAUAGCGAGUUUCUUGGAGUCCUGAGGAACCGAAUUCAUCGAGGUUUGAGGGUACCGCAGCAGCAGGGCAUUCAAGGUUUCUGGAAGUGUGUGAAAAAAGAAAGCAUUAAAGAAGUCAAAGAACUGUGGAAGCAAACUGGGAAAAGUCCUUUUUGAAGCAGUCCAUUUCUCUUUGGCUUAAGUGUUUUUUCUUUAGGGGAGUUUGUCUGUCCUGUUUACAUAAUAACUAAAUCAAAAAUGCUCUUUUUUUAGCUGUAGUUAACAUUUAAUUAACCCAGACUCUAAUGCAAUAAUUUUAUAAUCGUUCCAGUGCAAUCAGUUUGGUUUACAGAACUGGUAUCGCUUUUGACCUCCAUACAGAAGUACUCUUGUUCUAGGGAUUUGUGCUGUUUACUGCUCUGUGGAGUCUGACCCUGCACUGUAGGAUACAGCACGCACAGGAUUGAAUAAUGGCCCCAGGCAUGAACAUCACAGCAGUAGCGUCUCCUGUUAAAGGAGUGGACAUCAUCUCAGCCACUGAACACAGCAGCUCUCUUUAUCCAGCAAGGGCAGAGGUCCACAAGGCAAAAUCAACACACUUGCACAACACAUUUUAAACCAAGUUAUCCUAAAUCAAAAAGGAAAAUUCGCAUCUCAAUAUGGGGAUCUGCUCAUGUGCAGGUUCCUGGUGCUUGAUUCCACCAGUUCCUGUGUGGAUGUCUGGUUUGUCUGCCUUCAUGGUGUUAAUAUUAAACUGGAAAUACAAGACUGAUAGGCUUGAUGCAGGGUUUAAAAGUUGUACAUCGAUCAGUGAGUGUGCAUUGAGUGUCUCAGACAUCUUCCCCAUAGUAUAAAUGAGAAGAGAAAUCCUGAUUCUAUCAAACACAGUGGUAGCUACAAUUUGACUCCUGGCUAUUUUGCUUUUAAUUGUAUUGCAGAAGAUGAAUGUGUAACGAGUAGUUGUUUUAUCAUACUAAAGGUUGUGACAGGGAAACCUGAAGUAUCUCAGGAAUUCAAGGUUAUAAUAAGCCAUUGAUGAGGUAAUAUGUCCAGUAAAAAACCAAAUACAAAUAUUUAUUAUUCCAAAUGCAAAGUUAGACCUAAGAUCUUAAACGCUAAAAGGAGGAACAAAUCUAGACUAACACUUAGAAAUUGCAGAUGAACAUUUUUAGCAAUAACAUAAGGUGCAUCUCUAUGUACACUGGUGUGCACAUUACAUGUUUUGCUUUCUUACAAUCCCAGGAGCUAAAAGCCAAGUCCAGAUCACUCUUCCUAGUUGGCCACAAUGUAUAGGAGCGAGACUUAUCUGUAAAUCUGUCAAGGUUCUUCCUCUUUCCUCAGCUGUCUCUCUUGUCUUGGCUGGGGUGAAAGCUUAACCUUUCAGGACAGGUUUGUGGUAACAGAGAUAAUAGACUCAAAACAUGGACUAGGGAAACAUCUCGAGAAAAAUAACCAAGAAAUCUCACCACUCUGUGAGGUAAUAUCCAUCCAUUUUUUGUAUGACAUCAGCUGUGUUUGCUUCAAAGUUGUAAAUAAGCCCAACAUGUGGUGCUUGGUUGUCAUUUCUUGGGGUUUUAUGAGAAGAGGGGAAAUUUCCAUGAUAAGUAAGACAUUGGGGCAGCUCUCACUCGGUGCAGGUACAGGAGAGAAUGCAUUGGGAAACCCUAAAGGUCCUGCCUAAGGAAUACUGAGAAUGUGUUUGAUGUGUCUGUAGCUGUCCCAUCUGUGCUGAGGACAAGUCCUAGUGCCUGAGCCUUGGCAUAGUGAUCUCUCCUAGGCAACACAGUGAGAGGCCAGCAAAGCAACUCUUCCCUCAUGGCCUCAGAUUGGAGCUUUAAUCUAAAGUGCUAAACAGAAAAUGCUUGUAGUCCUGUCAUGGACAUGCACCCAGAACAAGACCAUGCUUGUGGUGAUGUCCUGAGACUGUCUGGAAGAUCAGGAACCAGUGACCAUCAAGGAUCCCUUUUCCCCAGGAAAAAAUCCAAAUGAAAUUAACCAUGUGGAAAGAAUCCAAAUGCAAUAAAUGUCUCAGCCUCCUCCCCUCACACUGAGCUCAUGCAGUGCUGUGUGGGCAGCAGGAUAGCAGGUGCCUGGUUUACUUUGUGUGUUUGGAAAUUGUAGCUUCUGGUGGUGGGAGCAAAGGUGGCACAAGUGGGACUGGCACCACAGUACCACAGCCAGCUGCACUUCACUGAAUUAUCAAAAAACGACACUAUGGAAAAAGAGCUUCCGUGGCACAAAAGUAUAUGUGUGUUCACCCAAAAUGUGCUUUGUGCCACCUCUGGCUUUAAUGCAAGGCUGCCUUUUAUUUGUUGCUGUUAAUAUUUUGGCAAGUAAUUUUUACUUUGGAGUGGAAAUUAUUCCCUAACAUUUUAUUCAGUGUGAAGUUAAUAGGUUUAUGAUGUUUUCUUAUUGUUUUUGUGGUUUCUUUUGUUUACUAAUUACUUCCUUCUUACAAGCUCUUUGGUUUUCUUUUGGAAAAAUCAACUCAUUUAGCUUUAGUGUAUCUGGAAGUUUAAUUUCUCAGUGCUCAUUUCUAUCUGGGUUUGUGCAAUCAGCAGUAUCUGCUUUCAGGGAUUUCAAGUUUUAUUUUUCCGCAAAAGCUUUGGUGUCAAUUUCAGAGGAAAAGCAAAGAGAUAUUCUUGUGUUUUAUACGAAUUUUGUGUUUAUAGUAAAAAAAAAGGGGAAAAAAAAAAAAAAAAAGAUUGAUUGGAAAUUAAAAUAGAGUUAUAAAUAGUUUCCAGAAGUUAUCCUGAAAGUGCAGCCAGGAAGGAACUCCUUUAAAGACCAGGGAUGACUUGUCCGUCAGGCUUGAAUAAUCAGACUCUGUGUUUAAUUUGUAAGUUUAUUUUUAUUUGUCAACUAAAAUGCUUUAUAAAACAGUCUUAAAUAAGUUCUCAUUUUUAAUAUCUGAGACUGAAAGAGAUAUUCAUGUAUUUAGAUAAACCCUGGGUUUUAAGAAAUUCAUUAUAUUUUAAGUGUUUGAUGUUUAGUUCCUUUUAGUCACUGUAUGUUAUUCGCAGCCUGUCUGUGAGCAUUACUCAACACAAUUUAGUUAAGGUUUGUGCCAGCUACCAAUCUAAACAUAUUAAUUGUGACUUGUUUUAACAUUAGGAACUCUUCCUCUGAACAGAAAUAUAUAGAAAUGCUAAAUAAAAUUUAUUUUUUUUUAAAUCUA